UUUACACUGAAUAAAUUCAAAUUGAAUAAACAUAAAUAUACAUUUUCGUAAAUCUGUUCUGUUCUAGGUUCCAGUUGCCAAAAACAUCUAUGGUCUGAUUGUUCCAACCUUAGGUGUUGGUUUUGCUAUUGGAAUGGUGGACUUGUCUAUGAUGCCUAUCAUGGGUUACCUGGUGGACCUGCGCCAUGUGUCUGUUUAUGGAAGUGUGUAUGCCAUUGCUGAUGUGGCUUUCUGCAUGGGAUUUGCUUUAGGUCCAUCAAUCGGAGGAUCCAUAGCUGGGAGUAUUGGUUUCCCCUGGCUGAUGACCAUCAUUGGAAUAGUGGAUAUUAUUUUUGCUCCUCUUUGCAUCUUCCUCAGGAGUCCACCCGGACAAGAAGAGAAAAUUACUUUAGUGACGGGAGAAAAACCAUGAAUUACCUUACUAUCAUUGGACAUCAAUCGGCUGCAUGCAUAUCUCCAUCCUGCCUUCAUGUCCAUUUGUUCAUCUCCAUGCAGCAUCUGCCAUCAUCCUCUCUCAUUACAUUCUGUCUGUAUUUACCACCAUGUGUUCAUCUUCUCUGCCAUUUUACCUCCAUCAGUAUUUGCCUCUUUUAAAUCUGCCAUUUCACAAGUUUUUACUAGGGAUGCUCCGAUCAGUCGCAUCAGGAUUGGCCCGAUUCAGACCCUGUUAUGUGAAUUGAGUAUCGAUCCACAUUAAAUACUUUAUGGGUGCAUAUCAUGAAAAACAUACUUUUUCAGUGCUUGUGUGCAUACAUUUGGAUAUCUGGAGUGUCUGGAUCUGAAAACAUGUUAUUUAACAAGCCAUUCAGAUUUGGCAGGUUC